UUAUUUAUUGCCUUUGACAUUAACUCUCGCCUUGCCUUCUUUGGUUUCGCCAUCCGCCAUUCUGGACUUUAUUAAGCACGUUCACGAACCGACGAAAACAUACAGGAACAAUAUAUUAGCAUAGUCUGAACUUUUCCUGUCUAUGAUGACCCUGGUCCGGUCCUCUCUGGGCAGCACAGCGUGUCUCGGCAGCCGUGGACGUGUAGUUUUCCGUCGCUACCCCAGCUUGUGCGCAAUUAGACAAUCGCCAUGUCUUCCUCGCUUGGGUCUCCGAUUAUCGCCAGCUUGCUCGUCUGGCAGCGUCCAAGCCCGUCUAUCUCGACCAAUGAUACCUUUGCGUCCAGUGUCUUCAGCGACAUGCCUAUCCCCAAUUACAACAACGGCACCUAGCGCCCUUAUUGGAAGUAGUACAGGAUGGCUGGACAGCCUUCCGCCGGCUUCCGUGCAAUUGCGGAGCAACUUGCGGUCCCAAGCAGCGCGCCCAGCACGUACCUUUCUGCGCACGGCCACAACUGUUCGCAGCGCAUCAGGUGUUGCUGCGCCAACUACAGAUUCGAGCCUGCAGUCGGAAUCCAGUCGAAACCGCAGCUCCGGCGGUGUCUCCUUUUUCGCCACAUGUCAUCCGGGGCUUGAACAGGUGGUGGCCCAGGAGCUAACGGCGUUGGGCUAUUGGGACGUGGAGCCGGGCAGGGCGGGGGUCGCAUUCAGGGGUCGCUCCGUGUCCUCCGGCUACGCGGCCAACAUGUGGCUCCGGAGCGCCAUCCGUGUGCUGGUGCUGCUGGCGGAGGGGCGGCUGGACACGGGG